AUGCGGAGAGGCUAUUUAGUGGAUUUGAAGAAAAAAUACCGGAAAGAGAUAACUAGUUGGGUAAAGAGAACAUUGAUAGAAAACGAAGGAACGAUUAAGAAUGUCGAGGAUCUAGCCCAUAGCUUUACUAGGAAGGAUUUUCUCCGAGUGAUAUCCUCUAUAUGGCGAGCGGAUCAUCGACGGUUUAUGCCCGGAUUGCUUAAGGCUACUAUCACGCUAGCUCUUUAA